GCACAAAGUGCAUCAGACCGGAAGUCCCGUGCAAGGAGCGGCCCUGAGCUCAAAAUUUUCAGGCACUGAAACGCUUCCUGCUCAAGUCUACCCCUCCCAUUAUCUUUAGACACCAGGGCUAGCGGAGUAUCCAGCAGUCAUGUCGUAUGGAAGAAGUGUCCCACCGAAGGACUUCAGCAGUCUCAUCCAAAUAUGCAGCUCCAACAUUCAAAAGACCACACAGAACACGGCUCAAAUCAAGAGCAUGGUAAACCAGCUGGGAACAAAACAAGACAGCAGUGACCUGCGAGAAAGACUUCAGCAGGUGCAACACUAUACAAACCAGCUGGCCAAGGAGACCAACAAACACCUUAAAGACCUCGGCUCACUCUCUCUUCCUGUCUCCCUGUCUGAACAGAGACAGCAGAAGAUCCAGAAGGACCGGCUCAUGAACGAUUUCUCCGCUGCUCUGAACAACUUCCAGGCAGUGCAGCGUCGAGCCGCGGAGAAAGAGAAAGAGUCUGUGGCCAGAGCUCGAGCAGGGUCUCGCCUCUCUGCUGAUGAUGGAGGUCAUGAUGAACAGCUGGUGUCCCUUGAUAAUAAUGAUGACUGGGGUAAGACCACCACACAGACAGAAGAUGUGGCCAUAACAGAAGAAGACCUGGAGCUCAUUAAAGAAAGAGAAACUGCCAUUCAACAACUUGAGUCCGACAUUUUAGAUGUGAAUCAGAUCUUCAAGGAUCUUGCUGUGAUGAUCCACGAUCAGGGGGAUAUGAUUGACAGCAUAGAGGCUAAUGUGGAAAGUGCAGAGGUGCAUGUGGAGAGAGGAGCAGAGCAGCUCCAGAGAGCAGCUCACUAUCAGCAAAAGUCCCGUAAGAAGAUGUGCAUCCUGGCACUGGUCCUCUCCGUAGUGCUCGUGAUCAUCGGCAUCAUCAUCUGGCAAAUCUCCAAGUGAAGAUCCUUCGUCUACCCUCCCCUCUUUCUCUAUAUUUAAUGUAAUUUCUCGCUCACAAACCCAUUGCCAUCCACAUGAGGAGGAAGGUCAAAGGCUCUCGCAGCACCUUUAGAUCCAUCAGUGUAAGUUUGCUGGGGUAGAUGAGGUAUGAAGUGGCUAAACGGAAUGUGACAUUCCUCAGCCCCUCUCCCCAUGACCUUUAAUUCACAAUGAAGGAGAAUGAGCUUGUGAAUGGGGCAGAAAAAGAGAAUUAAGUAAUAUAAGAUUAUUCAUUUUGAUUCUUGUGGUAUGUUUCUAGCACUAACACUACUUUACAUUUCUAAGUAAAAGCAGGUUAUUUCAUUUUCAGAAAACUGUUUUUUGAUGGGCGAAAGGUUUUUUCUUACAUCUUAUGUUAUUGUAAUAUCAUUUUGACUUUGGGAUGUUUUAGAUGUCUUGUGAACUGUACAUUUCAGCUCCUUUAAAGUUGCCAAGUUUGUCACUCUCCAAUAAGUUAAAGACAAAAUUCUUAGAGGAGCUGCAAAAUCAGUCACACAUUUUCAACUCGACAACAUUUGUUGAUACCGUUUAACAUUAGACAAGUGGUAGAAUUUCAAAUAUAAUGCAGCAAUGCAAAAAACUUCAGAACUCCAAUUCAGAACUGUCCCGUACAUGUAGUUAACUCGUAGGUUUAAUGUAUAUGUCUAUUAUACCCUGAUUAUAUAGCUGUAAAUGUGUAGUAUAAGAACUCUUAACCAUUAUUAUGACUGAAACAGAUUUGUAUAUUACAAGAAAAGUCUGCACAAUGCAUUCAAAUGAUGUAAAAAGAAUUGCACCCGUACUUUUAAAACAUGCAAACAAUGAAUGUCUUUCUUUUAAAAAAAUGAUUUAUAUGACUUCUUGAGUACACGAGUAAAUAAACAUGUCU